AUGUUGAAUGAUGGGACACCUCAUGUCAAUAUGAUGGUGGACCGGAGUUACACAUCACCUUUUGGUCAGAAUAGAUCUGCUGGACAAGAUAAUUUAUUCAACAAUCAACAGCAAAAACCGAAUUACAAACAAUCAGAAGCAAUUGUUAUAGAUGAUUCAGAUGAUGAAUCAGAUAAACCUAAUCCCAAUCAAACUAUAUCUUCGUUUAUUUCUCGAACAUUACCUCAACCUCCAGUUCAAGAAACAAAUUUUAGUUAUCUUUCUUCAGAUUCAGAAUACGUUGACACACAGCAAGAAGCAUCAAAUGAAUACUCAAAAUCAUCAAGUAAUUAUACACAAGAACCAAUACAACAAGAAAUAAAACCAAUAAUUCCACCACAAAAUGAAACAAAUAAGAAAUCAAUCGAGUUAGAUGAUACUUAUCACAUUCAUGAGGAGAAUUUGUUUAAAUUACAGUCAUAUCUUGAACAAAUCAACAAUUGUAUCAAAGAAUGUGUCCAAAAUCAAAAUUACGCAGAUAUUCCAAUGUACAGAGAUGAGAGAAAGAAAGCUUACUUACAGAUAUUGAAUAUUGAAGACAAAUUACUUACUCAUUACAAAACAUUAGAACAACGUCAAAGUAUGAUAAAAAUUGACCCUCCAAAGAAACCGGAUUUGAUAAAUUCUCUCAAUUUUCAACAGAAAUUCAAUGAAGACUCGGAUGAUAUUGUAAUUGUUGAUACAAAGCAAUCAGACAGACAGGAUUAUCAACACGAAAACCAAGUUUUGCAAGAAAAUACUGAUUUUCAUCAAAAUCAAAAUAAUCUUAAUUUGGAUAAUAAAAAUGGUAUCAACAAAAUCAAUCAACCUAUGAAUCAACAAUUAUAUGACUCAAAUCAAAAAAAUAAUAUUAAAAAUUUCUUAAACCAGAAUAAUCAGAAUUCUAAUAGUAUUAAUGAUUUAAAUACAUAUAAUCAACAAAAUUAUGAUCAAAAUCAAAAUUAUGAUAAUAAAAAUAUUUUUAAUCAGAAGAAUCAAAAUUACAAUACUUCAAAUGAAUUAAAUACAUAUAACCAGCAAAAUUAUGAUCAAAAUCAAAAUUAUGAUAAUAAAAAUAUUUUUAAUCAGAAGAAUCAAAAUUACAAUACUUCAAAUGAAUUAAAUACAUAUAACCAGCAAAAUUAUGAUCAAAAUCAAAAUUAUGAUAAUAAAAAUAUUUUUAAUCAGAAGAAUCAAAAUUACAAUACUUCAAAUGAAUUAAAUACAUAUAACCAGCAAAAUUACGAUCAAAAUCAAAAUUAUGAUAAUAAAAAUAUUUUUAAUCAGAUAAAUAGAAAUUACAGUCGUAAUGAUGAUAUUAGUAAAUAUAAUCAACAAAAUUAUGAUCAGAUUCAAAAUUAUGAAAAUAAAAAUAUUUUUAAUCAAAAUCUUCAAAAUAAUGAUAUCAAAUCAUUAAGUAGUCAAAAUAGAUUGAAUCAGAUAUCAAAUCAGCAAUUUAAUACAGAAAAUAAAAUAAAUGAUAAUAAAAGUGUUUUUGGACAGAAUUCAACGACAAACAAUAGUUUAACUAGUUCAAACACUUCAAAUCAAUCAUUAUCAACAAAUAAUCAAUCAAACCAAAAUCAGGACUUCCCCGACCAAUCAAUUUACAACGAAUCGAACAAUUAUGGACUUCCCGAUGAAUAUAUCAAUGUUUUGAAUGAAGUGAACAAAAAUGUGUUUGGCCAUGAUUCAUUUCGCGGUGUACAGCUUCCAGCGAUUGCAGCAGCCGUCAGAGGUAACGAUGUCUUCAUUCUGAUGCCGACUGGCGGAGGAAAAUCUUUAUGUUAUAUGUUGACAGGAAUGGUACAAGGUGGCGUUACAUUGGUUAUAUCCCCUUUGUUAUCUCUCAUCAAGGAUCAAGUCGAUCAGUUGAAAUCAUUGAACAUCCAAGCUGAAUUAAUAAAUUAUGAAACGAAACAAGAGGAAGAGAGCAAGAUAUUGAAUGAAGCCAAGCAAGGAAGAGUCAGAUUCCUUUACAUGACCCCAGAAAAGCUGAAUCUAAGCGGAAAUGUCUCACAAUUUUUGAAUGAUAUUUAUAGUCAAAACAAAUUGACUCGUAUUGUUGUCGAUGAGGCCCAUUGUGUCUCCCAUUGGGGCCACGACUUCAGACCAGACUACAUGCAGAUCGGAAAAGUGAGAGAAAACUAUCCAGAAGUUCCUCUCAUGGCUUUGACGGCGACAGCAACACAGAAGGUCAUAGAAGACUGUUACGAACAACUUUGCAUGAAGAAUGUUGAGAUUUUCCAUCAAACUUUUAAUCGACCAAAUAUAAAUUUCGAAGUACAUGCGAAAGAAGGGACUACUGAAGGUUGUUACAACCAGAUCGUCAACUGGAUAUACCAGAAAGGCUACGACAAUGCUUCUGGAAUCAUUUUUUGCAUGACAACACGAACAACCGAAGAAAUGUCGAUUUAUUUGAACCAAAGAGGUCUUAGAACGCUUCACUACCAUGGGAAGAUGGACAUGGAACACAGGAAGGACACGCAGGACCGAUGGAUGCGAAAUGAAAUAAAUAUUGUUGUUGCGACUUUAGCUUUCGGAAUGGGGAUCAACAAACCAGAUGUAAGAUUCGUUAUACAUCAUUCCAUCCCGAAAUCAAUCGAAGAAUACUACCAGGAAGCCGGAAGAAGCGGAAGAGACGGAAAAAAGACAGAUUGUAUAUUAUUAUACAGUUCCGCUGAUAUUGAUAAACUUCUGUAUAUUAUAUGUGAAAAUACUCCUGGUUCUCAGGAAUUGGAUCGAAAUAAAGUUGAUAUGUUAUAUAAAAUGGAAGAAUACUGUUUGAACAAGAAAGAUUGUAGAAGAUCCUUGUUGCUACAAUACUUUGGUGAACAGUUCAACCCAGAAGAAUGCCACGAAAUGUGUGAUAACUGUAGAUUAUCUUCGAUUCGAGGAAAACCAGUUCCAAGGGUCAUGAAUCGGUUCGCAAUUGCUAUAGCGAAUAUCGUGAACAAUAUCUACAGGAAAAGAGGUCGAACUUCCCCUUUCGCGACGAAAAAACAUCUGGAAAAAAUUUUUUAUGGAAUUUCCUCGAAAUCUAUAAAAGAUUCAUGCGAUUACCAGAUGAUUGAGUUCGGAAGUGGUGGGGAAUUGAAGACUUCAAAUGGAAUUUUCGAUCUUUUAUUACAUAAAUUGGAACAAGGCGACGUAAUCACAAAAAAGUUCAAGGAAAUACCAAAUGGAAAGAUAGAGUAUUAUAUUCCCGGCGAAAUGUUCGCUUACAAAGAUAAUAUUCAGUAUAUUAUCGAAGAAUACCCAGAAGAUUCGCUUUCCCCUGAAAACAAUGCUUUGUAUAAGAGCCUCAACGAACUUAGAGCACAAGUUGCUGAUAUGAGUAGAAUAGAACCUGAUAAAGUCCUGAAAAUCGACUUAUUAAAGAAAAUUGUCGAACAAAAGCCGACAACUGAGAUAGAGAUGAUCAGAUUAACAGGAAUGUCUAAAAAGAUCUUUAAUUUGUUCGGAAAAUACGCGAUAGAAAGAAUAUUAAUUCAAUCAAACCUUUCUGCGAAUCCAACAAGCAACAACGCUUAUUCUUCGAAGCUUGCAAACCUUGUUCCAUCAAAUUCUAUUGGAAAUCCACUCCAAAGAAGAAUUGUUGAGUUGGCAAAUUCAAAAACAAGUUCUGGCCAGAAACAGAACGUUAUUCCGAUUUGGCCAACCAAACAAACCCCUCAAAUGUUUGUUCCGCAGAGUUCUAACCAAAAUCUUCCUUUUUCAACGCAACAGAACAGACAACAAAUGAAUCCUGACUCUGUUCCUGAGACAUCUACUGCAGUAUUGACUUAUAUGCAGCAACAGAUGUCUAUGUUGAAAAAAUAA